GAACAUUCCCGGGCUCUCAGGUCCUGGCAACACCAACGGAGCGUCCCGGGAGAACGAGGAGGGGAAAAGCUCAGCUCUUCCCGCGCUCCCUCUCGCGGCCUCGGCAGACCUACCCCGUGACCAGCGCUGGGCCCUCGGAGGAGCUCGGCCCGCGCAGGAGGACGGGGGCGUUCCCGACAGUAGGUUGCGAGGCCGGUGCAGACCUGAGCGUUACCACGCAGCCCCUGGCUCCCCAAGUCAGAAGAAACACCCUGGUGGAGACCUCCUCCCACAGAACCAGAGAUGGCCUCCGUGGAUUUCAAGACAUAUGUGGAUCAGGCCUGCCGAGCUGCCGAGGAGUUUGUCAACGUCUACUAUACCACCAUGGAUAAGCGGCGGCGUUUGCUGUCCCGCCUGUAUAUGGGCACAGCCACCCUGGUUUGGAAUGGAAAUGCUGUUUCCGGACAAGAAUCUUUGAGUGAGUUUUUCGAAAUGUUGCCUUCCAGUGAGUUCCAGAUUAAUGUGGUAGACUGCCAACCUGUUCAUGAUGAAGCCACACCAAGCCAGACCACAGUCCUUGUUGUGAUCUGUGGAACGGUGAAGUUUGAGGGCAACAAACAACGGGACUUCAACCAGAACUUCAUCCUGACUGCCCAAGCCUCACCCAGCAACUCUGUGUGGAAGAUUGCAAGUGACUGCUUCCGGUUCCAAGACUGGGCCAACUAGUGGGGACAACAAAGGUCUCUUUGCUUCAGCCCCAACUCUGUAGAGACAGAUCUCAAAUCUCAGAUGUGGGAAACACAGGUUCAUUUCUGUUAUUGCAGGGGCACUGCAAGACUACACUGUGCUGAGGCUGAAUUGGAGUUGUUCAAGUUCUAGGUGCCCCAUUCCUAAGUAUACUUGUUUGUCAUAGUUUCCUUUUAAAAGUAGUAAACUUUUGUAUUUUUCUACUUGACCAGUGGAGCCCCUGAUUCUGGAAAUUCUAACAAAUAAUAUAGUAAUACAAAUGUUAUUUCUU